CAAAAGGGACAGCAACUCGCGGAUCGGUCCUCUGAUUUUUGCGGGUACCCCGCAGUCCGCUGGCCUCGCUUCUGCGUGCUACUUUAGCACUCCGAUCUGAACUCCGCUCAAGCGCCACUAUCUGGCGGCGGUGCGGAGCCCCGCACGAAGCUGGUCUCAGAUUGCGUCGUGCGGGUGCGACGCUUGCUUUGCGAUGGACGCAAGCCGCUGGAUUUCGCACACGCUCAUAUCACUCAUCUCCUCAGACACGCAACCCCGUGCUGAAUCCCGUUCGUCACCGCUGCGCUACUCGGCAAUCCUUCACGAGCGGCUUGACCCGUGGGUAGAAAAGCUUUUAAAGGUGGGCACGCCGAAGGGCAUCCAUGAUGAGCCCAUCAACAGCCAGCGCGCGACACGAUGACUCCUCCAGCAGUAACCGUAGCAGCCAGCGAAGAGCAGGAGAUCAAGCAUCAGCUCGGCGGUCACUACGACGAGGUCGUGGACAGGGCUCGCCAAGCUGCACAGGACGAGAAGCGGGACCUCAGCGUCGUCGCCGCCUUCCGUACUCACUGGAAAGCCGCCCUCUUCUCCAUGGGCCUGUCCUUCGCCCUUGUCAUGGAAGGCUACGACGUAGUCGUCAUCAAUUCUUUCUACGGACAGGCGACCUUCAAGGACACGUUUGGAACUGCCAUCGUUGAUGGCCAGAAAGUGAUCACGGCCCCGUGGCAGACCGGUUUGUCCAACUCAGCCCUCGUCGGCGAGGUCGCCGGCCUUUUCCUGAAUGGCUGGCUCUCGGAUAAGAUUGGCUACCGUCGCACUUACAUGGGGGCGAUGCUCGUCAUGGCCAUAACCAUCUUCGCGCCCGUCUUUGCGAAGACGCUGCCGCAGCUUUCCGUCGGGGAGAUCCUCAUGGGUGUGCCAUGGGGCAUAUUCCAGACCUUGACGACCGCCUACGCGGCAGAGAUCUGCCCUGUCAUGCUGCGACCCUACUUGACAUCUUUCGUGUGCUUCUGCUGGGGCCUAGGCAUCUUCCUCUCCUCGAUUGUCGUCCGAGCCUGUCUUCACAUCGAGGGCCAAUGGUCUUGGCGCCUUCCCUUUGUCCUUCAAUGGGUCUGGCCUCUGCCUCUGCUGGUCGUCGCUUACUUCGCGCCAGAAUCGCCCUGGUUCCUUGUGCGAAAGGAGCGCGUCGACGAGGCAGCCAAGGCAUUGGAAUUCCUCAAGCCUCGGAACGCUACAGUCGACCACGUCGACAAUCAAAUCGAGUUCAUUCGCCACACGGAAGCACUUGAGAAGGCAGAGCAGAAGGGCUCGUCCUACCUCGAAUGCUUCCGUGGAAGCGCUCGCCGUCGCACGGAGAUCGUAUGCGUCGCCUACGCCCUUCAAUGGUGGUGCGGCAACCCCUUGAUGUCGUUUGCGGUCACCUUCUUCGAGUCCGCAGGCCUCGACGCAACCGCUGCCUUCGACCUCAACAUCGUGAUGAACACGACAUACAUGAUUGGCACCGUCUCCUCGUGGUUCCUCACAAAGCGCUUCGGCCGCCGAGGGAUGUACAUUGUUGGCGCUGCCCUCUGCUGUGCGCAUUGCCUUGUGCUCGGGAUCCUCGGUUGUUUCCGCGGCACAAAUGUGUCCUGGGCAACCGGCGCCCUCCUCAUCAGCUUCGCCCUCUUUUACAACUUCACCAUCGGACCAAUCUGCUAUUGUAUCGUAUCGGAGAUCCCUUCCGCUCGACUGCGCGCCAAGUCCAUCUCCCUUGCCCGACUGGCAUAUGUCUUGACUGGCCUCAUCACCAACACCUUGACGCCACGUAUGCUAUCGCCCGACGCUUGGAACUGGGGCAGCAAGGCUGGCUUCCUGUAUUUGGGCACUUGCACCCUUAUUCUCAUUUGGUGCGUCUUCCGUUUGCCGGAGACGAAAGGACGGACGACCGCCGAUCUCGACGAGCUCUUCGCCCACGGGGUCGCUGCGAGACACUUCGCCAGCACCGACGUAGACUUGUACCUUACGGCUGGUCGCGAGACUCUACAGGCGGAGUCGCCCUCUGUGGAGGACAAGAAGAGCGCUGGAUUGGAGAGCCCGCCUGUCGUGCUUCUGACGCGCGACGCUUGAAAGCCUGCACCUAUGCAAAGACAGUCACUGUGGGAUGGUGGGGGAUGAUGGGAACGGCAGAUGCGCAAGAGUCGUGAUAGCGCUUGGCUGAUUUCCGAGCUCAUGCGAGCAGUGACGAGGUGGAGCU